GGAGGGCGGGCGGGCCCCCGGCACGUCCGGCUCGCUGAUUGGCCGGCUCGCGGUCGUUGCGCGUGGCGGUGGGCAGCUCGUCUCGGCGUCCCGUCUGGUCCCGGCGCGGUGCGGCCGUAGGCAGAUGGCAUCCAACUAUAGAAAACCCGGCUUAAGUACAGCCCAGCGAAAGAAAAGUGGCUUGAAACCUGAACUUACAGAAGAGCAAAAGCAGGAGAUCAGAGAAGCUUUUGAUUUGUUUGAUACCGAUGGAUCGGGAAGCAUUGAUAUAAAAGAACUCAAGGUUGCGAUGCGUGCUUUAGGCUUUGAGCCAAAGAAAGAAGAAAUUAAGAAAAUGAUAACAGAUAUUGACAAAGAAGGAAGCGGCACCAUUGACUUUGAAGACUUUUUGGCUAUGAUGACACAAAAAAUGAGUGAAAAGGAUUCAAAGGAAGAAAUUUUGAAAGCUUUCAGAUUAUUUGAUGACGAUGGUACAGGAAAGAUUUCAUUCAAAAACUUGAAAAGGGUUGCCAAGGAGCUGGGAGAAAAUUUAACUGAUGAAGAGCUUCAGGAAAUGAUUGAUGAAGCUGAUCGAGAUGGAGAUGGAGAAGUGAGUGAGCAAGAAUUUUUGAGAAUCAUGAAGAAAACUAGCUUAUAUUAGCAUUUGCUGCCUUACAGCUGUUCCAAAAGACAACUGGGAAAAGACGUAAAAAUGGGCUUGUGUCUCCUGCAUAUUUUUACGCUAUGUAAGGAAAGGACAGAUUUUCCAUCUCAUUCUUCUUUUUCAGCAAAGUUAGUUGCGGGGAGGGGGCUGUGGUACCCAAAAUAACUGUUCAAGUGAGAUACUGCAGGAAUAAAAAAUACUGCAGAAAUGAAAAGGAAAGAUGAACUUAGCCAGCAAGGUAGGGUCCCUUUCCCCCCAGGCCCCCAUAUGAAGAUUUCACUAAUUGCCCUUUUGAAUAAAGAAUGCUGUGUCUUAAGUAGAUAAUUUUAAAAAACCUGAAAACAUUUCACUUGGGUUGUGAAGGUUACUGCUGUUUCUGGGAGAAGCCAAGCCUCACAUUCCCAAGGCUACAUAAUAAAGAGAUCAUCUUAUAACACCUAAAAGAACUGAAGUACAAGUACAGUAUUUUUAUUCCUUUUAAGGUGUUUAGGUUAUCUUUGGUAUUUGUGUCCUUUUGUUUAUUUCCAUGAAAGACUCAGAAAUCAAUUGCAUAUUUACAUUUAUUUCUGUAUUAAACAGUGUAUUCUCCUGGCAAGUUCAUUUUGGACCUACUGGAAAACAAACAUAUAUAACCAGUUUUUGGUUCUUCCUUCCGAGCAGCAUGUGAUCACCAAGUGAUCUUUUGCUUAACUAUUCCAUGAUCUGGUAUCUGAAAACUGGUUUACUUGAGUCUUACUUGCUUGAAUUAUCAGAGUUUAUUGCAUGGCCAGUUAACGUCUUGUGCCAUUGCUCUUACUCGAAAGGCUUUGCAGAAUUCAGUUCUAGGGCGCAGUAGAGUAAGUUCUCUCUAGCUAUUUAGAGUCAAGUUGCAGAGAGAAGUUGCAUCUGAAGUGAAAAAAUAGUUCACUUUGACAGCCAUGAAUAUAUUUAGAUCCAUGCAAUCCAAAUUCAUUCCAGAUAUCACAGCCUUUUUUAAUUAUUAUUGAGUACUUUCACUUUUUUGAAUAUUUCUUGCAUAUAAUACUAUCACUCCAGAACUUACUGGAGAGCCACGCUUCCAUACUAUAGUGACAUGGCAGUGAUGCACAGCCUGAAAUCUGAUUAUUUGCUUCUGCAAGGAGGAUUUAUCCUUGGGUCACAAUACGACGUUCAGCUUGGGGAAACUGUAUAACCCUAAUCCCAUCUCUGUGUUUAGCUCCUUAUUACAGCUGCUUCAGCUCUGAUGAGCUCAAGGGCCCACCAGGGGGAGAGUUACUUUCAGCAGUGGAAAGGGGAAGUCUUUAUUUAUACACUUCUCCUUAGUGUGCAAAUGUGGAGCUGGCACACAGUCCUCUGAGUUUUGUACUCUGAACUGCUCUCUGAAUAGGCCCUCUCCAACCUACACAGUAGGCUUAAACCUGCUUACAGCCAUAACAACCUCAGAGAUCAGUGAAGUCCACUAUUCAGACAUUCAGUGGCAGUAGAUGUAAGCUACAGUACUGUAAGCUUUUUAAAAUGUGUAUUAACUUUGUGUAUUAACUUUGUAUGGUGUGAAAUAAAACUGUUUUGCAAGU